UGGCGCUCUGUCACCUGGUUUGUGGAAACGUGGCAGUUUCACGAGAAUGCCCCGGAUUGCACGAAAGCGGAAGAAGUGGGUUCGGAAAGGCCGCUGAAGGUGCUUCUUGUGCGUUUUGGGCAGUGGCGGAACAACCGCACCGAGUAUUUGUGUCCUCGCAAAAGGCAUCAUGGAACCCGCGGCAUACAGGCAUUUAGGGUUGAAAAAAGAAAAUCUGACACCAAGCAUUGGCCGUUUUUCCUGUUCGCACUUGUAACCCUGAGCUUGUGCUGGAUGGCGAAUCCGUGCGAUGCCAUGCCCAAGCACCACCCCAUGCGCCACCGGUUCACCAAGAUCCGGCGCCACGGGAUGCAGCGCCAGCCUGCCAGAGCCGACAAGGCGACACGCUGCACCCACUACGACCACGACUACUUGCUGGUGCACCGAGACAACGCACUGGUGGCCAGCAGUCGGGCCAGCAGCCGGGUCAAGGCCAACGGCAACCUAGAGCUGCGCCAAUGCGCCCUCUCUGCCGACUGCAACACGUCAGGUAUGCAUCCGUAACCCG